UUUAUCCAAGCCUUUCUUUUUUGCCUUUCUCUUCCUUGAUAUCUCCCUAUUUCUGUCGUUCUCCCCCAACUUAAAACAACCCCCCACGUUUGAUUGACCUAUACUUGAUUUCCACUCAUCAUCUCUUUUGUUCCCUUAUAUCUCUUUCUACUCCUCCCCCAACUAACUUGAGCUUAAGAGAGACUAUCUUCUCACUCUUCACACAUCAGUCUGUGUCAGACGAGUCCGAAGAAAUCCGCUGCAGCCACCUCUGAGCCUGUUGAGGAGAUGCCAUCCAUACAAAUCAAGCCGGAGCCAGAGGAGGUGGAGUGUAUGGUGAAGCAAGAGCCGCUAGACGAUUGCCUUGAGCCCACAGACCUCAAAAUCAAGUCCUCGCCUCCACCGCUCUGCAUCAUCAGCACCCAACACAGCGAUGCCGACCAGACCGAACCCGUGGACCUGUCGCUCAACAAGCCCCGUCCAUCGCUUCCUAUAGCCACCGCGACCUCCACCCCUGCAAACCUGCCUCCCCAGAACAUCACGGCGAGUGCCACCAUCCCGGCGGUGCUGUCGCAGGGCUCUAUAUUGGCGUCCACGCAAGGGGUCGGAGGUCAGCAGAUCCUGCACGUCAUCCACACCAUACCCUCCGUCAACAUGCCAAGUAAACUAGGCCAGCUGCAAACCAUCCCUGUGGUUGUGCAGUCUUUACCAGUGGUCUACACAACCGUUCCCACAGACGGCAUGGCCACCGCUGCCAUCACCGUCCCACUCAUCGGGAGCGACGGCCGGUCGGAGGGAUCAGUGCGCAUAAAGCCGGGCUCCACCUCUCCAGUGGAGUAUCAGUCUGAAAGUGAUGCUGAGAGCGGCACAGAGUCUGGAUCGGCCUCUUUUAGCACGCAAGGGAUGGAACCUAGUAUAAAUACAGAUGUGGACAUUCCAGCUGACCCUGACUCACCGGACAUGAAGAGACGACGCGUUCACAUGUGUGAUUAUGACGGCUGUAACAAAGUCUACACCAAGAGCUCACAUCUAAAAGCCCAUCGCAGAAUACACACAGGUGAAAAACCAUACCAGUGCACAUGGGAGGGCUGUACCUGGCGCUUUGCCCGCUCGGAUGAGCUGACGCGGCACUUUCGCAAGCACACCGGCAUCAAACCCUUUCGCUGCACCGACUGCGACCGCAGUUUCUCGCGCUCUGAUCACCUGGCACUUCACCGACGGCGCCACGUCAUGAUGUGAAACUCUGUCCACCUCACCAUCCCCAGCCCUCACCUCCCUGCUUGCUCCUCAGGAGACCUGCGCGCUCUUCAGGGGGUCCAAACGCUGUCGACGCCACCCGUCCAGUCUCCAGAUACGAACCUUUGUAUUGAAUAAGGAGAAUAAAAAUGGUAGGUGGCACGAUCAUAUUGGUGACCCCCCCCCCACCUCCUGGUCAGAACAUGGCUGCAGUUUAUCGCCAUGCUUUUAGAAGCCACAAACCGCUCAUCCCGUCCACUGGUGACGUCCACCACCAUCUCAAUGCCUGAUCAUUAGCCGUUACUUGAAGAGACUACAAGGAAGGCAAAACCGCACUGCUACGAGCAGAGAGAGUGAUGAUUGGGAAAGGUACUGUUUAUUAAAAUGAAACCAGUAAAGAGAUGCACAAGAAAGUCAAGGAUUUUAUGCAAGAUGGUGAGGAAGAAGUAGAGUUACGUAAUGAGUUGAUCGUUUUAAUGAUAUUGGUGGGUUGAAGAUGCAUCUACAGCUGCCUCGUUGAAUUCUUACGUUUGCUUUACGUCGUUUUAAAUUCGCUCUACCUGAAUUUUAGUUUGCGUGUUGAUGGAGGUUGGCGUAGAGCACAUUGUUAAGACAGCUGAAGAUGUACCAUACCCCUUUUUAGUGUUUUAACAAAUCAGUUAGGGCCCUUUUCUGAUAUUUACCCUAACCCAAAUGAGAAGUAGAGGCAGGGGGCUGACAAGACUGUGAAUUUUUUGUACGUUUCUUUUUCUUGAUUAGUAUACGUCGUCUAAGCAUCUUCCCGAAAAUAGUUUGGCGCAAAUAACAGUAUUUGUUUUUCUGUUGUAUUUUUAAAAAAAGCCAAAAAUGGCGUCUAACAGAAUUCACACCCAUCAGAAGGUGUUCUUUACCUAACCUUUAGAUAUUAUUUGAUAAGGCUGUGAAAAUACAUAAAAAAGAAUCAACUUGCAGGGAAAGGGGGAGCUUGUUAAAUUGAUGUGUGUGUGUGUGUGUUUGUGUGUGUGUGUGUGUGUGUGUGUAUAAGCACAUUUGUAAAAACAUAAUCAGAGAUAUAAUAGUAGAGAUGUCUAAACGCAGUUACUUCUAGCCCAUCAGAGCCUUAAUUGAAGUAAACGUGCAAAUCUAAUUUGCGCAACAGGUUUUCAGAGUUCCUCAGGGUUCAGUUAUGGGACCCCUAUUUUUGCGAGGCACCCUGAAAAUCCCUAUUUGCACCGAGUUCAGCGUAGCAAAACAUGUCUUAACAGCUCCUGAUAUGCAUGAUAUGCAAAAAUACCCCUUCCCCUGAAAAAAAAAAAUGCUGUUAAUGUUAUUUGACGUUGAUGUCAUGAAAAUGUUGGGCACAGUCCAUCUAAACCUAAAGAGAAAGGGUCUCUUGGACACAUUUCGUCCCUCUAGCUAGCACUCAUAGCCAUGGUCAUAAUUUCAAUCGCUAGCAGCUAGCUAAUUGUGCGCAUUUCGCCUUUUUAUUUCGAUUCCAGCCUUUAAGAGUUAAGCGCAUGUCUGCAACAGCUUCACGAUCUUGGAUCCGGAUGCAUCCGUACUUUUUUUUUUCACUUCAACUCUAAAACGUUCCUAAGCACAUCUAGAAGAGUAUAUGCAUUCGAUUGCGAUUCUUUCUUCUUUCUUUUAAAACUGUUCAAAGACACGCAGACAAUGAUUAAUUAAGGAAUUAAUGUACAUACUGUAAAUAAUCGACAAAGUUCUUGAAUAAAUGUAACGGGUGGAUUUCUAUUUUUAACACUGACUAGAUAAUGUGAAAUAUUUGUUUUGGUUUUUAUUUUUGAAAUCCUUGAAUGGAGUUCCCAAAUGUGUUGUACACCCUUAAAAGUGUUGCAUGGAGGGUAGAUUAUUUUUCGUUGUGAAGUCGGUGAGCAUGUCUAAGCAUCGGUGCCCUGACAGACGUGGCCUAUAAGCACUGAUAAUCCACACAGAAUCAAUGAAAUGUGUACAACUAUUCGUAGCACAUGCACGGCCUAUUUCUAAUAACCACGAGACAUGCCGGUCAAACUUCUACGUUCAUAUCAUCCUAAAUCGACAUUAUUCUAUUCCAAGAUGGCAUAAUGUUGGGAGUCGGCCCCCUUAUCAAUGUUUAAGUGCCCAUGACUGAAAUUUGUGACAUCCUCGUCUAUCUGUGCACGUUUGCUUUCAUCAUUUGUAUCUGAUUUGUUUUGGAAAAGUGCGCUCGAAUCAUGACAGGGUUUGGGUUUGGUGUGAGUGUAUGUGUGCAAGUGUGUGGUUCUCAUGAAAUUUCUCUUUUAAACUCAGAAUCAUAGGUAUUUUAUAUUGAAUGCAGUAACUUAUGGGCCAGUACUAUAUUACUCAGUGCAAUGCAGUUAUCAUUAUAACAAAAACAAGUAAUUAAUGUUAUUUCUUUUGUAUUUGUACAGAACAAGUGUGUAAAGAUCAGUGAGGAAAACGCGAGCUUUUUGAUACUGUGAGAAAUGGUGUUAAAAGUCAGUUUCCCCUGUACAGUUGUGAUUACCCACUCCUUUUAUAGAAUAAAAUGUUUUUGGUGCAA